UUCUCAACUUCACAAAACAAAGUCGCGAUCAGAUCGCGAGAAAACGAACCAGUUGUAAAUGUUAGUAAGCGUUGAAUCGUGACUUUAUUAUUUUUUUAAAUAUUGUCCUGAUUGCUUGACAAGUUUUCCUAUUUCGAAAAAUCGUAAGAAAUGAUAUGGUUUUGAUCACAAAUAUUUCUUUAAAAUUGUGUUUUUGAAAAAAAAAUCAACAAAUUAGUGUAUUGUAUCUUACAGUUUCGUUUCUUAGUAACAAACCUACAAAUAGUGACACUUAUUGUUUGUUUUUUGUUAGUUUUGCUUAAACAAAAUUAGGAUCAAUGAAAACGACUUACCUUUUAUGAAUUUGAGUUGUGAUGUAUUUUGAAGUCAUAGGAAAAAAGAAAUUAAAAAUGGCUUCCCCAGGUCCUUCUGGAGUAACACCCAAAUCGCAAAGUACCCAUGGGUUAAAACAGAUCGAUUUAGAUCAGAUUUGGGGUGAUCUGAAGGAUGGGAUGGAACAAGUAUAUUUGAAUAAAAAUACAGACAUGUCAAAAUCCCGCUAUAUGGAAUUAUAUACACAUGUUUAUAAUUAUUGCACAAGUGUACAUCAUUAUGGUUCAAGAUCUUCAUCUAAAAGUAAAAAAGGACCUCCUCUUGGCGGAGCUCAAUUUGUAGGACAUGAGUUAUAUAAAAGAUUGAAGGAGUUUUUGAAGUGCUACCUCAUAAUUCUACUCAAAGAUGGAAUUGAUUUGAUGGAUGAGGAUGUGCUUAGGUUUUAUACAAAACAGUGGGAAGAAUAUCAAUUUUCUAGUAAAGUUCUGAAUGGGAUAUGUUCCUAUCUAAAUCGCCAUUGGGUAAAGCGAGAGUGUGAUGAAGGUCGAAAAGGAAUUUAUGAAAUUUAUCAACUGGCUCUUGUGUCUUGGCGAGAUUUUUUAUUUAGGCCUUUGCAUAAGCAAGUGACUAGUGCUGUACUGAAGUUAAUAGAAAAAGAACGAAAUGGAGAGACUAUAAAUACAAGACUCGUUAGUGGUGUAAUGAAUUGCUAUGUCGAACUAGGCCUAAAUGAAGAUGAUCCUUCAGCAAAAGGACAGAAUCUUUCAGUAUACAAAGAAGCUUUUGAAAAUACAUUUCUUAGUGAUACAGAGAGAUUCUACACUACAGAAAGCACAGAUUUUAUUCGGGAGAACCCAGUUACAGAGUAUAUGAAAAAGGCAGAACUAAGGUUAAAAGAAGAAAAGAAGCGUGUGCAACUAUAUUUGCAUGAAACAACUCUUGAAAUUGUUGCUAGGACAUGUGAAAAAGUAUUGAUUCAAAAGCAUCUAGAAAUAUUCCAUUCAGAGUUUCAAAAUCUUCUUAAUGAUGAUAAAAAUGAAGAUUUAGGUAGAAUGUUCCAAUUAGUUUCAAGAAUAUUUGAUGGCCUUGGAGAAUUGCGAACCCGGUUAGAAAGUCAUAUUCAUAAUCAAGGCCUCUCUGCUAUUGAAAAGUGUGGGGAAAGUGCCUCAAAUGACCCCAAAGUAUAUGUUAAUACAAUAUUAGAUGUCCAUCGAAAAUACAAUGCCUUAGUAAUGACAGCUUUUAAAAAUGAUGCAGGAUUUGUUGCUGCUCUUGAUAAAGCUUGUGGAAAGUUUAUAAAUAAUAAUGCAGUGACUAAAGCUGCCAACUCAUCUAGUAAAUCUCCAGAACUUUUAGCAAAAUAUUGUGAUUUGUUAUUGAAGAAAAGCUCAAAAAACCCAGAAGAAUCUGAAUUAGAAGAUACGCUAAAUCAAGUGAUGGUGGUUUUUAAAUAUAUAGAGGAUAAAGAUGUAUUUCAGAAAUUUUACAGCAAAAUGCUGGCUAAAAGGUUAGUUCAACAUAUGUCUGCAAGUGAUGAUGCUGAAGCUAGCAUGAUUUCCAAACUAAAGCAAGCAUGUGGCUUUGAAUAUACAUCAAAAUUGCAAAGGAUGUUUCAAGAUAUUGGUGUGAGUAAGGAUCUUAAUGAACAAUUUAGGAAGCAUCUAACUAAUUCUCAAGAACCAUUAGAUUUGGACUUCAGUAUACAAGUAUUAAGUUCAGGGUCAUGGCCAUUUCAACAGUCUUUUGCUUUUGCCCUUCCACAAGAGUUGGAACAUAGUGUUCAAAGGUUCACAAUGUUCUAUAGUAGUCAACAUAGUGGACGAAAGCUACAUUGGUUGUACAAUAUGUCCAAAGGUGAGCUUGUUACGAAUUGCUUCAAGAACAGAUAUUCCUUACAAACCUCCACUUUUCAAAUGGCUGUUCUACUUCAAUAUAAUACUGGGGAUAGCUUUACGGUGCAACAGCUUCAAGAAAGCACACAAAUUAAAUUGGAUGUGCUGAUUCAAGUUCUUCAAAUUCUGUUAAAAUCAAAGCUAUUAACUAGUGAAGAUGACGAAAGUGAUUUGCAACCAUCUUCCAUCGUAAUGUUGUAUUUUGCUUACAAAAACAAGAAACUUAGAGUGAAUAUAAAUGUUCCAAUGAAAGCAGAAAUGAAAAUAGAGCAUGAAGCAACACAUAAGCAUAUAGAAGAAGAUCGGAAGCUUUUAAUACAAGCAGCAAUAGUGAGAAUUAUGAAAAUGAGAAAGAUACUUAAGCAUCAACAACUGCUGGCAGAAGUUCUAAAUCAAUUAUCUUCUAGAUUUAGACCUAGAGUGCCUGUUGUAAAAAAAUGUGUAGAUAUUUUAAUAGAAAAGGAAUACCUAGAACGUACAGGAAAAGAUACUUACAGCUAUCUUGCAUGACAGUAUCUUUCUAGCCCUGAUGCAUCGAGGUCUUUGAGUCCUUCUACAUCUGCGGCUAGAACGUAAAUGGGGACGAAUGCCUUAAUUGAUCAUUCUACCUGUUUUCUGUCUAGAGUUCUUAAAGACUUGUAUGUAACAGACUUUUUUGGUAGUAUUAAACCUUGGUUGCAAGCUGAAAUCAUGGAUACGGAAUUUUUCAAUCAAUAACAACCAAUGUAUAUGAAUCUAAUGAUCUGAAAUGAAGGAAUCAUAAAGCAAAUGAAUAAUAUAUUAAACUAAAAUCAAUUAAUGACGCGGUAUUUUAUGUGACUUUUGUUUUUAUUAAAAUGAAUUUUAAGAAUGAAUUAUGAAAGUUAUUACAUUUAUUUUAAUUACAUAAGUAUAAAAUGUAAUUAUAAUAAUUGCAUAAUAUAAAAUGUAAUUAUAAUAAUCAAAUUUGAUAUAAUUACAUGUUAUAUUAUUUAUUGUAAAUGAAAUUAAUAUAUGAGAGAAAAGAUUUAUUACAUCAGCUAAAUUGUAUUUCUUUAUUAACUAUUGUCAAUCAUUGUUAUUCUUUUAACUUAUUAUUAUUGAAUGAAACUGAAUAAUACUAUAUAAGUAAUAAUACUGUAUAAGUAACAAUACUGUAUAAGUAAUAAUACUGUAUAAGUAAUAAUACUAUAUAAGUAAUAAUACUGUAUAAGUAAUAAUACUGUAUAAGUAAUAAUACUGUAUAAGUAAUAAACUUUGAAGUAAUCCUAAUUUCUUUUGUUAAACUGGUUCUUAAUUUUUAUUUUUGGUAAUUUUUUGCUGUUUUAUGGGGUUUGCAUAUUUUUCUCUUUGAAGUUAUUUUAGAUUAUACUUACUAUAUACAAAACUAUUUUACCGCAAUAUUGAAUAUGCCAGUGCUGUUGUAAGUAAAUAUUGUUAAUACAAUAAAACAAUUUUUCAUUUC